AUGGCUCCAAACAUUUUCAUCUGCUUGCGAAAUGCCCUCUGUCCCCUAUACUGGGUCGAGAAAGGCAACCGGGUAAACGGCGACGUCGCCAAGGACGAGCACUGGGAUUCUCCCGUGCCGGGCACCUAUCGCUUUAUCCCAGAGCGUGGUUGGCAUCUUAUCCGUCGGGAUGGAGCCGAAGACGACAAACAGGAACAACCGUAUGUGCCAGUCGUCUACUGCCGCAUUGUCCACCGAUACCUGCUCGCUUCAGACAUGCAACAGCGCUGUCGCUACCACAAGGUCGAGCUCCACCGCGGCGAAGAGCCUCAGCGAUGCCUCUUUUUCCGUCUAGACGACGGCUUCACCUGGGUCAUUGGUUGGGACUCACGCGGCAAAUUCAUUCCGGGCCCGUACCGCAAGUGGUGUUAUGACAAAGAGCUCAUGAAGAUGCGCCGUAUGACCUCGUACGAAGACAGCUCAGCUGCGACUUCGCCUUCUACUUCUCGAAACGGCAGUCUGGCUUAA